ACCAAUGGUUGCGUUUUGUGACCUCUCUGAACUGUGGCGGAUUCGGUGCCAUCCCGCUUGGUUGUCCCCUAGCGGAGGAAACCGGGCCUGCAGCGAGAAAGUGAAAAUAAGGAUGAGCGCCAUGUCUGAUCCUCCGCCUGUGGAAUAAAGCGGACGGCGGAGCAGAGACUUCCCAGGCCGGGGAUCCGGUCGGGGCUCGCUGUGAAUUAUGGCCGACAGCGCUGGAAUUCAGCAGGGAUCGCCGGCCAUCGGAGCCGCGGGCCUGGUUCCGGCCGCUCCUGGCGCCGGGGGGACGGAGGGCUCUGGCGCCGCUGGAGGAUCUGCACGUAUCGCUGUGAAGAAGGCGCAACUCCGCUCCUCGCCUCGGCCGAAGAAACUGGAAAAGCUCGGCGUGUAUUCAUCCUGCAAAGCCGAGGGAGCCUGCAAGUGCAAUGGCUGGAAAAGCCAGAACCCCCCUCCGACCCCGCCCCGGACGGACCAGCAGGCCAACGCCGUCAACCUGCAGGAGCCCUGCCGCAGCUGCUCGCACACACUGGGUGACCACGUGACCCAUCUGGAAAACGUCUCCGAGGAGGAGGUGAACAGGCUUCUCGGCAUAGUCCUGGACGUGGAGUAUCUCUACACGUGCGUUCACAAGGAAGAAGAUGCCGACACUAAGCAGGUCUACUUCUCCCUCUUCAAACUGCUGCGGAAAUCCAUCCUGCAGAUGGGCAAACCCAUGCUGGAGGCACAGGAGAGUCCUCCGUUUGAAAGACCCAGCAUUGAGCAGGGCGUGAAUAACUUCGUCCAGUACAAAUUCAGCCACCUUCCGUCCAAGGAGCGUCAGACAAUCGUGGAGCUGGCCAAGAUGUUCCUCAACCAGAUCAACUACUGGCAGCUGGAGACGCCGUCGCAGCGGCGCCAGCGCGUGCCCACCGACGACGCCGCCGGGUACAAGGCCAGCUACACCAGGUGGCUGUGCUACUGCAACGUGCCCCAGUUCUGCGACAGCCUCCCGCGCUACGACACCACGCAGAUCUUCGGCCGCACGCUGCUGCGCGCGGUCUUCACCGUGAUGAGGAAGCAGCUCCUGGAGCAGGCCAGGCAGGAGAAGGACAAGCUGCCGCCCGAGAAACGCACGCUGAUUCUCACGCACUUUCCUAAGUUCUUGUCCAUGCUGGAGGAGGAGGUGUACAGUCACAGUUCUCCAAUCUGGAGCCAAGACUUUUUGGCAGGAGUGUCAGGAGGCCAGAUACCGAUCCACACAGUGAUCAGCCCGCCCGCCGUGGCCAGGCAGCUGUACUACAGCACCAGCCCUGUGUCCGUGGACCCGUCCACCUGCGGCAGCGUCAGUCCUGCCAGGAAGUCCGCUUCCGCUCCGGAGCCGAGUCAAGUUGGGGAGAAGCGUAAACCUCCAGAGCCUCUUCCUUACGAGGAGAACAAGAGACCCAGGGUGGUGGGUGACAUCCCAAUGGAACUCAUCAAUGAGGUCAUGGCAACCAUUGCUGACCCCGCCGCCAUUCCUGAGGGUCCGAUCGUUCCUCCCGUGCAGACCAGCCUGCUGUCUGCGCACUCGGCGCGGGACGAGGCCGCCCGCCUCGAGGAGCGCAGGGGCGUGAUCGAAUUCCACGUCAUCGGCAACUCCCUGAACCAGAAGCCCAACAAGAGGAUCCUGAUGUGGCUCGUGGGCCUCCAGAACGUCUUCUCCCACCAGCUGCCCCGCAUGCCCAAGGAGUACAUCACGCGGCUGGUGUUCGACCCCAAACACAAGACCCUGUCGCUCAUCAAAGACGGCCGCGUGAUCGGGGGGAUCUGCUUCCGGAUGUUCCCGUCGCAGGGCUUCACGGAGAUCGUCUUCUGCGCCGUCACCUCCAACGAGCAGGUCAAGGGCUACGGGACGCAUUUGAUGAACCACCUGAAGGAAUACCACAUUAAACACGAGAUCCUCAACUUCCUCACGUACGCGGAUGAGUACGCCAUUGGCUACUUCAAAAAACAGGGUUUCUCCAAAGACAUCAAAGUCCCCAAGGCCAAGUAUGUGGGCUACAUCAAGGACUACGAGGGAGCGACGCUCAUGGGCUGUGAACUCAACCCCAGCAUCCCCUACACAGAGUUCUCUGUCAUCAUAAAGAAGCAGAAGGAGAUCAUCAAGAAGUUGAUUGAGAGGAAGCAGGCUCAGAUCCGAAAAGUCUAUCCAGGACUUUCCUGUUUUAAGGAAGGAGUCCGGCAGAUUCCCAUUGAAAGCAUUCCUGGAAUACGUACGUCAGCUACACCACUGACUGUACAGCAUGCACAAAGUGAGACUGGCUGGAAACCUAUCGGUAAAGGGAAGGAGCUGAAGGACCCAGAUCAGCUGUACAGCACCCUUAAGACCAUCCUUCAGCAUGUGAAGAGCCAUCCGAACGCCUGGCCUUUCAUGGAACCUGUGAAGAAAACAGAGGCGCCCGGGUACUACCAGGUCAUUCGCUUCCCCAUGGAUCUAAAGACAAUGAGUGAGCGCCUGAAGAGCAGGUACUACACGACACGCAAGCUGUUCAUGGCCGACAUGCAGCGCAUCUUCACUAACUGUCGGGAAUACAACCCUCCAGAGAGCGAGUACUACAAGUGUGCCAACCUACUGGAGAAGUUCUUCUACACAAAGAUCAAGGAAGCAGGGCUCAUCGAGAAGUAGACACGAGGAGGAAGAGCGUUCUCACACUAUAAAAGGUUUAGAUAGGGGUAAAUAAAGAGCUAAGUGCAUGGGCAGCCGUAGUAUAGGACUACUGAUUCUACAGUGGCUAGGAUUCAAAGUAAAAGGUGCACACCGGUCUCUGAUCAGCACUUUCUUUAAGUUUGAUGCAUGAUGGAAUCAGUAGCAGAGAGAGAUAGUUACGGUGAAGUAAAGACAGCAAGGCAAGGCUUCACUGUAGAGCUGUGACACUCACUCUAAAAGAGAACAAGUCUGCCGCCAUAUUUCCUCACAUAUCCCAGGGCCCUGUGGACAGAGAACACAGUGGAAGGUGAUAAUAGGCGAUAAACAGGGCGAGACGCUUGUUAUUUUUGUUAGACUGGAGAUUCACCACACACCUUACUUUCUUUUGCUCGGCCUCGUCUCUUAUUUCCUCUGAUACGUUCUACCACUGCCUUUUUGAGCAUCUGCCUCCUCUCAGUCGACUCAGGUAGAGACGUCAUGAGCAGUCACCCCAUCUGCUGUGUGUUAAGUCGAGUGUUACCUGUGAGGAAUGUGACCGAGGGCCGUUUUUCCUGUCUACACAGCUGUUCCUGUGAGCGUGAGCUCACUGUUAGAGGUCAAAGUUUGUCUGUGAUGAGUUCAUCCUGCCAAAAGAGGAACACACACUUUAAAUUUGUACAGAUUUGAAUUAUUUUGAAGCACUUAUACAAAAUACUGUAUAUUUUAAAUGUUUAUAUAACAUAUAUUUUCUGUUUCAAAACUAAAAAUAAUCUUUUUUUGUUUUAAUGAGCCACGUAGGGCAGUUUGACUUUCAAAAUGCACUUUUAUUUUUCCAAGCAUCUGUAAACAUAAAUCAGAGCGUCAUCAUCAGACUUGGUUUUACAUAUAAAGUAUCACUGUUGACUUAGGACUAAUUUAAUUGUCUAGAGUUAAUUUUAUUUAUGUGCUGUAAUUUAAAAGAAUUAUGCUUAACACAAGGUCUUAAUUUAUUUUUUCUUAUUUUUGUCCUGCAUAUGGAGAUUGAGAACUUUAUACUUUGGAGAUAAAUGAGAAGCUUGUGCAAUACUAUGUAGUUUUGCUGUUUUGUAAAAAGGUGUUUGUACUUUUCAAACUUUAGAAAAAAAUACAUUUUGUAAUAUGUAUGAAAAUGAUUUCAUGCUCUUUGUACACUUGGUUUUAAUGAUGUAGUAUUAGCCUAUUUUAUAGACGAAUAAAAUACAAGUGAAGCUGUA